GGAGGAUUCUUGCUUCAGCGACAAUAUUAAUACCUACAUAUUUUUUCAUAUUUAUUUUUCCCAUAACUCACCUAUUGGUAAAUAAAUCGUGAAACGAAUCAAAUGGGGCUUUUUGGUAAAUCACAGGAAAGAAAUCCAAAGGAUAUGGUCCAAGAAUGGUCGUCAAAGCUAAGGAAAGAAUCGUACGCUUUGGAUAGACAGAUUCGAUCUAUUCAACGGGAGGAAGAAAAAGUGAAACGCUCGUUGAGAGAAGCUGCUAAAAAGAACGAUAAAGAGAUUUGCACUACUCUGGCAAAAGAACUGAUCAGGUCUCGAAAAGCCAUAAACAAAAUCUACACCAGCAAAGCUCACAUCAAUUCAGUUCAGUUGCAGAUGAAAAACCAGCUUGCUACUGUAAGGGUAGCUGGAUCCCUGGCGAAGUCGACUGAAGUGAUGCAAGCAAUGCAAGCGCUUGUCAAACUACCGGAAGUAGCAGCGGCAAUGCGAGAAAUGUCCAAAGAAAUGAUGAAAGCUGGUAUCAUCGAAGAAAUGAUAGAUGAAACAAUGGAAUCACUGGAAGAUGUAGAAGAAAUGGAAGAAGAGGCACAGAAGGAAAUCGACAAGGUAUUGUGGGAAAUUACAGCAGGCAAGCUAGGGGAGGCUCCUUCAACUCCAAUGGCUGCUCCGGCAAAAGAAAGCGAGGGCGAAGCUUCCGGUGUGACAGGUGAGGUGGAAAAUGAGGAAGAUAUGAGGGACAUGCAAAGUCGAUUACAAGCGCUGCGAUCAUAAUUUAUGCCCAUAUAGAUUACUAUCUGCGACUUACGUUUUAGCUCCUGUAUUGAAGUUGAUAUACAGUAUAUGCCCAUCGGCUGACUCGCUUUGCUUGCACCGUUUUAGUAACCUGUUGUAAAUAUAAUCGUU